AUGACCACAAAAAGAAAAGCUGGCGUUCCAUUGAUCUGUCUUGUAUGUGGUGAUGUUGCACGUGGAAUCAAUUUUGAUGUCAUGACAUGUAUGUCUUGUAAAGUAUUUUUUCGACGACAUGUGUUAAAGUUCGAUGCUAAACUUCAAUGCAAAUUUUAUAAUAAUUGUCAAAUAACAAGAGAAACGAGAAGUACUUGUUCAGUUUGUCGUUUGAACAAAUGUUUUGCACUUGGUAUGAAUCCACAGUUAAUACGUCGUUGGUCCUACAAUCAACUUAAAUCAAAACAUGAAGAACUUUUAAAAAUUAAGAAUGAACAUAAAAGUUGCUUGCCAAAACCUUUACCACUUAGUCUUCUUAAUAAUGAUCGUUCAAAUCUUACAAAAAAUGAAUGGAAUCUUCUUUCGAAUGUAAUUCAUGCUUAUGAUGAAGCAAAUAUAAUUCCACAAAUAAAAUAUAAUCUUGAACAACAAUCAUCAUUACCGCCAAAACUACGAUCAAAAGCAUCAAAAGCAAUCGAUAUUUUUAGAGUUCUUCUCUCAACACUUCAACCAUUUAUUGAAUGUUCACCAUAUUUUCAUCAUCUAUCAACUGAUACACGUCAAGCACUUGUACAAAAUAAUUCUGAAAUAGCUGGUACAUUAAAUUCUAUUUUUAUUAUACGUGAAAUAAAAGCAUUAGAUAAUAUGGCAUUUAUAGCCAGUUGUAUUACUAUUUACGGAUCCGAAGUUAUCAAACAUUCUGAUCAUUUAAUAACACGAUUAGAACCAAAUGGAAUACUUGUUAAAAUAAUGAUUUUAAUUUUGACAUUUUCAACGAAUUGUUCAAUUGUUAAUCCUUAUUAUUCGAGUUGUAUAAUGAAUUUACCAACUGCAUUAUCUGUGUUAAAUAUACAAAAUGUACUUGUCACGAUGUUGUGGAAAUAUUUAAAUUAUCAAUAUGGUUUUAUAGGAGCUGUACGAUGUUUUAAUUGUUUAAUAAAGUGUGUUCUUGAUAUUCUUUAUAGUGCAAAUGAAAUGAGAAAUGUACAACAUGAGAAAAUGAUGGAUGGACUUGUUGAAGCAACAAAACGUUCAUUGAUUAAUGAAAAUUGA